AUGUCAACAUCAUCACAACGAGCAGGGGCAGCUCAGGCCGACGAUUUGUUCUGCCCUGCUUCUGCCAUACCGCAGGCGAUGGCUAACCACACAAACACCUACUUCGGCCCGGGUGGGAUCCUGAGCAAGAUGGAGUCGGUGGCCGACAUAUAUCCCGUCGGCCAGUCAUUAUUACGACGAGGGGACCGGUUGAACUACUACAUCGCGCUGGCGUGCGUCCUACUAGUCGCCUACUUCUUUCGGUCAAAACGAGAGAAACACGUGGAAGCGCCGUUCUUCAAGGCUGGGAAGUUGAAAUGGAUCUUUGAUGCUGAGAAUCAGAUUCGGGCGAGCUACAACAAAUUCUAUAAUAAAGUGUAUCAAAUCAAGGCGACGGAAGGCCUUCAGGUGUUGAUACCACCGAGUCUUGUGGGGGAACUCAAAGGUCUCCCUGAGGAUGUCUUGAGCGCACAAGAAGCAGUGCGCGAGGCUCUGAUGAGCAACUACACAAAGUUCUCGCCAGGUGAAAAUAGCGAGCUGCUCUCUGCACUCGUCCGGACGAAGCUUACACACAACUUGGCACGAUUGGUGCCCCAGCUCAAGGAUGAGCUCGAAUACAUCACGGCGACAGAGCUGUCGGAAUGCAAGGACUGGACACCGGUGAAACUCCAGCCGUUUGCCCUCCGAACGAUAGCUCGCUUAAGCGGUCGGGCAUUUGUAGGUCCGUCUCUGAACCGCAACGAGGAAUGGAUGCAGACAAGCAUCAAAUAUGCCAUAGAUGUGUUCUUGUCUGUGGUGGAACUACAAUUCUUCCCGACGUGGAUGCGGUCUGUUGCCCAGCACAUCGUGCCGCAUAUCCGCAAGACGAGACGGAACGUCGCGAGGGCCAGGGCGCUUCUUCAGCCGAUCCUGGAAGAGAGGGUGCGCGACAUGGACGCGCCUGGCUUUGAAGCCCCCGACGAUCUCUUGCAAUGGGUGCUCGGGUCGUUGCCCGAGGAGCGGAGGACAGACUACCAGGCUCAGACCGAGCUUCAGCUCAUACUGAGCGCAGCAUCAAUACACACGACCAACAGUCUUCUCGUCGACUGCUUCUUUGACCUCGCUGCGGAGACUGAUGUCCAGGAAGAACUACGUCAAGAAGUACUGGAAGUCGUGGCAGAUGACGACGAGUGGUCAAAGAAGGACUGCAUCCCGAGGUUGAAGAAGCUGGACAGCUUCAUCAAGGAGGUCCAGCGAACCUCGGGCAACAUCACUUCCUUCAUCCGCAAAGUCAUCAAGCCCAUCACCCUCUCGGACGGCACCUACCUGCCCGCGGGCACCAAGCUGCUGGCGCCGCAGACGGGCAUCUCGCACGACGCGCGCUACUUCCCGGAGCCGGAGCGCUUCGACGCGCUGCGCUUCUACCGCCUGCGGCAGCAGUCGGACGACGACGCCAACCGGCACCAGCUGACGUCCCUGAGCGACGUCAACCUCAACUUUGGCGCGGGCAAGCACGCCUGCCCGGGCCGCUUCUUCGCCGGCAACGAGAUCAAGCUCGUGCUGGCGUACUUCCUGCUCCACUACGACAUGAAGCUGCGCGACGGGCAGGACCGGCCCCGGCCCGUCAUGAUGAUGAUGACCAAGACGCCGAACCCCAAUGUCGAGAUUGAGUUUCGGCGGCGGUCGUCGGUCGAGUGA